GCACCUAAAAGGCAUCUUCAUUUGCAUUGCAGCAGCAGUGAUUUUCAUCUUUUUCUAUCUCAAUUCCAACAAAGUGGUUAGGAACAUUCCUUAUCAACCAGCAUCAGCAGAGCCACAUUGGGAGGAUCCAGGACCAUAUCAUGUGGCCUACCCACGAAACUACAAAUUCAUCAUGGAUGACAUGCCUACAUGUAGGACCACAACUCCUUUCCUUAUUCUGAUGGUUCCUGUUGCACCCGGUAAUGUGGCAACUCGGGAUGCCAUCCGGCAGACGUGGGGAAAUGAGAAGCUGGUUCUGGGUCAGCAGGUAGAGACUGUCUUCAUAGUGGGCCUCCCUGGUGGAAGUGAUGCUAAACAUCAGCAAGAGAAGCUUCAGCAGGAGAAUCAGCUGUACCAUGACCUGAUUCAGAGCAACUUUCAGGACAGCUACUAUAAUCUGACUAUCAAGACUAUGGUCAUGCUGGAGUGGCUGGCUGCACACUGUACAAAGGCUUCCUUUGUCAUGAAGAUCGACUCCGAUGUUAUACUCAAUGUCCCGAAUCUGGUGAAACUGUUGGUGGAUCCUAGCACAGCUAAGCAAAACUAUAUGACUGGGCUGGUUUGGUGGCAUAGUCCUGUUUUAAGGAACCCAUUUAUAAAGUUCUACAUGCCUCGAUCUGUGAUUGCUGAAUCAGAGUACCCCCCGUAUCCGCUCGGCUUUGCCUACGUCAUGUCACUAGACCUUCCUGGGAAGAUCUUGGGAGUGUCACCUCAGAUCAAACCGAUCUACAUUGAAGAUGCUUACCUCGGCAUGUGUCUGAAACGCCUGGGCGUAUCUCCUACUGACCCUCCAGAAGAAACAAUGUUUCUUGUCAAUCCCAGCCAUUCUCUGAGCAGCUGCAGUCUUUCAAAGCUGAUCGCUUCGACAACAACAAGCAUCUUGCAAAUGAAUGGCUACUGGGAGAGGAUCAAACGGGGAGUUCAGUGCUGAAGGUUUUCCAAAAAGAGUGAGAACCUGAAUUUGGCUAAUGGAUAAAACAAAAAUGAAAUAUUGCGUAUUUAUUAUGUGGCAAAAUGGAGAUACUUUUGUUACAUCUUGCCAAAUCUGAUGAUUAGGCCAAGUUAACAGAAUUAUUUUUCUCUAAAAAAAAAAAGAAAUAAUAAUAAUAAUUACAAGUUAGAACUUUGUGUUUGGUGAUAUUGAAAUAUUGCUAAAUUGGCAAGAGAUGAAAUGAUACUGUUCUCAACUUUUUAUUGGAAUCAAUCAGGCCUUCUUUGUCCUCAGCUCAAGUAAGAGAUGUUUAAUUUACUUUUAUGUCCUCUUGUAUUUACCUUCUCCACCUCUUUUGUGUUUCUGUACUUUUUACCCUCCGGCCUGUGUUCGUCUUUAUAUUUGUUGUUAUGGUAUGGUUUGAUACUUGCUGUAGAACUUCCAACUGACGAGAUGAUAAGAUGACAUUACUGUGCAGUUGCUUUAACAAUAGCUAAACAUCCAAAUGACCACAAUCCAUAAUUGUUAAUGAAGUGUACUGUUUUGCUAUGGUAUUUUGUUAUGAUGUAGUCGACUACUUAAGUAUAUUGUAAUAGCCCUGCGCUGUUUUGAUGUUUGUUUUAAUGUGUAUAUUUACUAUAGAUUGUGCAUGUUGUUGAUUCUUUUUUUUCUUUUCAUUUGUUUGCUUGUUUUUUUUUGUUUGUUUGCAUUGUAAACCAGCUUAGGAUAUAAAAGCUGUGGUGUUUUUCUUAGAGACAAGUUUUUUACAUGAACUAUGUCAAACUAAACUGAUCUAAACUAAACUAUGGGGCAUGUAUGAUCCUGAUGUGAUGCAAUAUACGAAAUGUACCAUGACUGUGAAGAAAAAAAAUUGGCCAGUACUGUGAAUUCUACAGUUGUAGUUUGUCAUAGUUCCACAAGAUGGACGACUUUGAUUCUAUAAAAUUUAAGCCACAAGUAUGUUUAACGUGCUGCAUAUUUUUUAACCUCACUGCUUUAAAUGUAUGAUCUAAGCUUCCUU